CAGAAGAUGCUCGAUUACAGUUGGGUCGACCAGGAGUUCUUGCCCUCUAGCUCCCUGAACGGCACGCCUCUGCACCAGGCCGUGCUCGGCGGCCACCUCAAGAUCGUGGAGAUCCUACUGGAUAAGCGGCCUCAUCUGAUCGACCUGGCCGACUUCAACGGCGACAACGCCCUGCACCUCGCGGCGCAGAAGAACCACCGGCGCGUGGUGGAGAUGCUGCUCAACAAGCGUGCAGAGCUGGCCUACAAAAUAAACAGUAGGAGCGAGUCCCCCCUGCACAUCGCCGUGCGCAACGGCUCGACGGACGCCAUCAAGGCACUGCUCCGCCAUUGCCCCGACGCGGCCGAGAUGGCGAACGGGCAAGGCUGGAACGCCUUCCACGUCUCCGUCGCCAGCGGCAAGACGAGCGCGCUCAGUUGCCUGCUCCGCCAUAUCCAUCCACCGGAGCUGCUCAACUAUGCCGACAGCGAUGGCGACACGCCUCUCCACCUCGCCGCCAAUAUGGGCCACGUCAGGUCCGCGCUGCUGCUGCUCAACGACCAGCGUGUCAACCCCUGCAUCCGGGACCGCGGGGGCCACACGGCGCGCAGCCUCCUCGAGACCAAGCUUCUCACAGACGGCGAGCUCCACCCAGACGAGAUGUACCUCCUGGAGCAGCUCGAGAAGCACGAGUCCAAAAGGUGCCGCAAGGACCAAGUGCCACCCGUCGUCAUUUUGUCCUCCAGACGCAGGCCCCUCAACGAUAAGGACUUCGACAAGGUCGUCGACGCCUACUUCAUCGCCGCCACUCUCAUCGCCACCGUCACCUUCGCCGCCACCUUCACCAUGCCCGGAGGCUACGACCAGACCAGGGGCAUCGCCCUUCAUGGCCGAAACGCCGCGUUCAUGACCUUCGUGGUCUCCAAUACUGUCGCCAUGUGCAGCUCCAUCGUCGUCAUCUUCUUGCUCAUCUGGGCAAGGCAGGAGCCCGUCAUGCUCAGGAUCCACAACGUCAUGUGGAGCCAAACGCUCACCAUCGUCGCCUGCCUGGCGAUGCUUGUCGCCCUCAUGACUGCCGUCUAUAUCACCGUGGCGCCAACUGCUCCGUGGCCUGCCUACGCCGUCAUAGCCAUCGGCACUAGUAGUCCAGCCCUCUUCUUCUUCAUAUCCUGGUUAGGAAGGCGAUCCUUGUACGCUGGAAUGUAAUUUAUUACACGGCCCCUCCGACUAAAGCAUCUAAGAUGUUAAUAUAUAUAUAUAGAAAUUCAUUCUAUA